AUGUGUGAAAAACUGUUAAAGACUCAAGAUGAACCAGAAAAUAAAGAUGAUUAUUUAAUAAAUAUAAAUAAAGCUUAUAUUAAUGAAGUUACAAUAAUUGAUAAUAUCAAUGAAGACAUAUAUAAAGCAAUAGAAGGUUAUAAAAAUAAUUGGAAAAAUUAG